AUGACCCGCGCCGUGCCUCGCGGCAUUCUGUCGUUCGCCAUCCCGUUACUCCUGCUCGCAGUCGUUGCGUCCGCGCAGCAGAUCUGUCCGUUCACAGGCAAGCCGCCAACGAAGCCCGCGAAGCCGCUGUACCGAUGCGUGGCUGAGAGCGAGCUCGCGUGCUGCUCCGCGUGCGACGACUGGGUCACCGCGGCGACGGUGCUCGGACAGAACGGAACGAGAAUCCUGUCCACGCUCUUCUCUCCAGGCACCACAUUUGAAGCGCUGGACAAGUUCAAGGCCACGCCGUUCUGCGGAUUCUUGGCGGGCGGAAGCGACACGUGUCUGCAGCUGAUUGAGGGGCUCUACUGCGCCAUCAUGUGCGACCCGGGCGCGAGCAAGUACCUCUCGUUCGAGCUCGCGCCGUCGGGGAAGCUCGCGGACAGCAACGGCACGAUCCGCAUCUGCAACGACUUCUCGAACCGCGUGUACGACGCGUGCCAGUCGCUCGCGUUCCCCGGCGUCGCGCUCACCAUCGCCAGCUUGAUUAAAAACCCCGCGAGAGUCAUGGACCCCUCUUACUGGCGCUACAUCCCCUUCACAUUCCCCAACACCCCCCCUCCUCCCCCCACUCCCCCCAACUACCCUUCCUCCCCCCUUCCCCAUUUCCCCUGCCCGCCUCCUCCUUUCCCCUCCCUCAGCCUCUGUUGUUCUGACCAUUUCUCUCCCUUCAAGCCUACACUCUGUGCCUUCUUCUGCCGUCACUUCAUUUUCCAUCACAUUUCCUAA